UUCAAACGCCUUUCUCUCACAAGCUUCAUAACAUCGUCCACCAUGGCCGACCACCACCACCACCAGCAACAUCGUCCUCACCGCCUCUCACUCCCACCGCGCGGCGCCACCGCGACCACCAAUUCCACCACACCCACCACCGUGAAUAGACCGUACCCUCUCUACCCAUACCCAACCUCAACCCCAACCCCAACAAAACACCGCCUUUCCUCCCUCUCUUCCUUCAACUCCAGAACUUCCACUUCCACCGAGUCCUCCCUCUCCUUCCUCUUCCUUCUCCUCUUCUCUCUCCGUUCCCUCUACUCCCUGCUCCCUUUCCUUCGCUCAUCUCCUUCCUUCUCUCUCUUCCCCUUCACUUUUUUCGUCUCUCUUCUCUCCUUCCUCCUCACCCUCUCCUUCUCACUCUUCGCCUCCAAUUCCUCUUCCAAAAACCCAUUUAACCCGAAGCAUCAAAGCCAAACCCUUUUCCCACUGUCCUCGAUCACGCAAUCUCAGCGGAGAGUUUUGGUCGCCAAAUCCGUUCUUUUGGCUGUGGUUUUUCUUCUUCGAUUCCAAGCGCUCAGAUACUGUGGCACAGCGGCGAUGAUUCUCGCGGAAAUGUCUGGCAAUGUCGCAGCCCGGUUCAUUGCCGAGGGGAGAGAUCGGAGUUUCGGUGACCGGAUUCGGUACCGGUCGUCUAAGGUUCGUGGGUUUUUCGCUUUGUUUUUCGGGCUGCUUUUGUUGUCUAUUAGUUGGGAUCGGAUUGAAUGCUUUCCAUUUUCUGCUUCUUUGGUCGAGAAGUGGGGUGUUUCGGUGUUUCCGAGAGAGAAUUGUGUGAGAGUUUGGCCAAUGUUGCUGCCGUUUCUGUCUGGGUUUCUGGGAUGCUACGAGCGUGUUUCAAUGAAUUGGGGGACGAUUAGGCAACUGGGUCGGAAACGGGUUAGGCUGAUUUCGUUGUUUUUCACAACAAUUGUUCUUUUUGUUCCUGCUGUUAUUAGUAUGCGCAUGUUUAAAGCUGAGGGAGAUAGUGUUUCCAUUGGGAAUUUGAUUUGGCCUUUGGCAAACACUGUUGUUUUCGGUGUUCUUUUGAGUGAAAACUAUAGUGAUGAGAAGCUCGUGAGUUCUAAAGAUUUUCGGAAGGAGUUUUUGGUUACAUUUGUUUGUACUCUUGUUUUAGAGCUGUUCUAUUUUCCAGAGCUCUCGCUUUGGGGAUUGUUGAGUUGUGGUUUAUUGCUUUAUGUGGCUGUUUGGGAGUUAGAUCCUGUUGAUUCGAAUUAUCUUGAAUUGGGGGUGGAGUCUCCCGAGUUAUUUACUACCUCGAUUAAGAAAGUUAUCCGGCAUAUUUGGAGUGAGAGGAAGUCCCGUAAGAUUGCACUUUUCCUUUUGAUCAACACGGGGUACAUGGUUGUGGAAUUUGUUGCUGGGUUCAUGAGCAAUAGUCUUGGGUUGAUAUCUGAUGCUUGUCACAUGUUGUUUGAUUGUGCUGCUCUGGCAAUUGGGCUAUAUGCUUCAUAUAUUUCACGUUUGCCUGCGAACAAUCAGUUUAAUUAUGGUCGUGGGAGAUUUGAGGUUCUUUCGGGAUAUGUCAAUGCUGUUUUCCUGGUUCUGGUUGGAGCACUAAUAGUUCUAGAGUCAUUUGAGAGGAUUUUGGACCCUCAGGAGAUCUCAACUAACAGUCUAUUGACUGUUUCAAUUGGAGGGCUUGUGGUAAAUGUGGUUGGUUUGAUUUUCUUUCAUGAGGAGCAUCAUCAUGCCCAUGGUGGAUGCUCACAUUCUGAUUCUCACUCCCAUUCCCACCAUCAUGACCAACAUUCUCAUGACCAUGUUGGACAUGAUCACAAGGGAUCCUCACAUUCUCAUUCUCACUCCCAAUCCCACCAUCAUGACCAACAUUCUCAUGAACAUUUUGGACAUGGUCAUGAGGGAUGCUCACAUUCUCAUUCUCACUCCCACCAUCAUGACCAUGAAAAAUCAUGCUCUGACCACAAUGACCAUCAUGAACACCACAGUUAUAAUCCCAAUGGCCGUGCUGAUAAUUGUAAAGAUCACAUUAGUGGGACAACCAACUGUAACGAUCAUCUUGAGCAUGCUCACCAACAUGACCAUGAUCACCAUCAUCAUCAUCAUCAUCAAGUUGACAACCAUGUACAUGAAAGCUUCCCCGAUAGUUCUUCAAGAAGCUCAUGUAGUCAUUCCUUUGAAGGCCACAAUGUGGCAGAAUCUCAUGGUCAAGGAGCAGGUUCCCACACCCAUUCACACUGUUCAGAUACUAAAAGUUGCUCCUCCACAGGAAAUCAUGGUUCCCAAUCAAGAAAACUUCCGCCUGGUGGAGAAGAACCACAAAAACAGCAUCGUCAUGUUGACCACAACAUGGAAGGAAUAUUUUUGCAUGUUCUGGCAGACACAUUGGGAAGUGUUGGAGUUGUCAUAUCGACCCUUUUAAUUAAGUAUAAGGGAUGGCUUGUUGCUGAUCCUGCCUGCUCAAUAUUUAUUUCAGUCUUAAUUGUAUCUUCAGUUAUCCCAUUACUUAGAAACUCUGCACAAAUUUUACUCCAAAGAGUUCCUAGGGUGCAUGAGCAGGAUUUAAAAGAAGCUCUAACUGAUGUUAUGAAGAUAAGGGGAGUAUCUGGGAUUAGGAAUUUGCACGUAUGGAGCUUUACUAGCACAGAUGUUGUGGGGACACUAAAUCUUCAUAUCUCAAAGGAAACUGAUAAGGCUUCUACAAAGGCACAGGUGUCACGGAUAUUAGAUGGUGCCGGAAUCAAGGAUUUAACAUUGCAGGUGGAAUGUGUUGGGUAAUUAGUCUAGUAACUUUUGACCUAGUUUUCAUCGUCUUUUGAGAGUAUUUACAGUGAAAGUAAUUUAUCAAAAAAAAGAAAAAAGAAAAAGAAAAAGAGUAUUUACAGUGAAAGUGAGAAGUGAUAUGUCAUGAUCAACUUGUCAUCAACAUCUUUCAAAUGUGCUGUUGGGCUUGUAGAGAAGCGCGGAUCUUCAGUGCCAAGGAGUUGAGACAACCUGGGUUGGGUUUUGUAAGCAGUAGCAGGUGUGAUGGCUUCUUAUAAGAUCAUUAUGUUUCUUUCCAUCAGAUCACAACAAUGAUGAUUCCGUGUUCUUUUCAGUUGGUUAACAUCCUAACUUUGAAAAAGUUAUUUGCCUAUACGAUUAUUUGGUCAUGUGGAAUUUUGCACACAUGUGAAAGAACAAGCAGAGGAUGCUGGAUUACUUGGGAAACAAGCAGAAGAUGCUGGAUUUGUUGGGUAUGUAACUUUUUGCUAGUAUAGGUAUACUUUUGUAGUUCAUGUCCAUGGAUCGUUUAGAUCUUACUGUUCUAUUGAUGUUGUAAUUUUGAGUUGUGACACACCUGUUUCCUUUCAUGACGUACUAUUGGAACACCAUCCAAGCUGUGCGGAAAUAUAUAGUUUUAACAAUUUUGAUUAUGCA